AUGGCAACAACAACAUGUGGAUAUGAGGCGAUGCGAAGUGGUAAUACUAUUCUAUGUUAUAUAAAUCGAGAUGGUCUUCCAUUAUCAGAUCGAUGUAAUGAACGAAUGUGGACUUUUUGUAUGGAACAAUAUCCAAAUAAUGUAACAGAAAUUCAAACAAUACGUAAUCAAACUGAUGAUUCUCCAUUAGUGACAUACCCUGAUCCACCGUAUCAUGUAGCAACUAAUUCUCGAAUGACCGUACGAGAAAAAUUACAACAAGUACAAAAUUAUAUUCAACGUCUAGAAUAUAAUUAUACUGGAAUGCAAUUUUUUGAUAUUAAUCCUAAUCGAUCUUUAUACGGACUAAUGGAUACUGCUAGACAUAUGAUAACAGAAUCAUUACCAAUAAAAUGUUUUGAAGCAUUUUUAAUUGGACUUUAUUUAACAACUGGUAUUCUUGGUCUUGAUCGUUUUAAUAUAUCAUUUAAAACACGUUUUAAUUCAGUUAUAUAUCGUCAUGUUAUUCUCGGUGUUAAAUACGAUCAAAUAUAUGGUGCAUUAGGUAUAAGUCGUCGUAGUGAUCUUUCAUAUAAACCAUUAAAUGGAAAAUAUAAUUGUUUAUCAAAACUUAUUGAUGAUUUUAUUUGUGCUUACCGAAAUUAUGGUCAUACUGUGUUACGUGUUAGAAUCGGUUUACCUAUAAUUCAUGAUCUUAAAUCAUUUUUAACAAUUAAUUGGAAAGCACUUUCUAUUCAACCAAAUAAAACCGAUAAAAAUGAAUAUGAUCGUGAAUUAGAUAAAAUCGUUCGUAUUUGGAGACAAAUUGAUAUUCAUAUGACUUAUCGAUCAGUUGUACCAUUAGCAUCAUUAGUACAACCCACAGGUACAUUGAUUACAUCAGCAUCAGUAUCAAAUCGUUUACAAUCAGUAACAUUUCGACAAAAUCGUGAUACAUCAUUAAAUUGUCGUCGAUCAGCAAUACAAAAACCAACAACGAAUAUAAAUGAAGAAAGUUCAACUGAGAAAGAUCAAUCUGUUCCUUAUGCUAUUCGUGUUUAA